AGCUCCUAGGACUUCGACGGGAUAGAUCAACAUUGGACUUCGAUCUCUUCACCUUCAACAACAACCAGGAACCAUGAAGUCAAUUAUUGGCGCCACUCUCGCCCUCGCCGCGACCGUCGCGGCCAACGUCAACCCUGCCACCUACGACGGCCAAUGCUUCUAUCCUCGCGGUGACCCAAACUUUCCAGGCGAUAACCUCGUGGAAUACACCGGCCGCUGGUACCAGGUCGCAGGAACUUUUGCGACAUUCACCCUGGGCUGCACCUGUAUCUCCGCCGAUUACGGUCUAGGUCCUACUCCCGGAUCCAUCUCCGUAAGCAACUUCUGCCAGCGUGGGAUUUUCCCUAGCACCAUCAAUGGCACCGCCUCUCCUGUCGACAGCGCAUACGGUCCAGGCGCGUUGCAAGUGCGCUUCCCGAGUGUGCCCGGCGGCGGAGUCAGCUGCCCCGGCCCCAACUACAUUGUGCAGAAGUACGAUCCAAAAUAUGCCAUCGUCCAGAGCCCUAGCUGGGACAUUCUGUUCAUCCUGAGCCGUGAGCGACAGCCCGCGGAGAAGGACAUUCAGGCUUGGAUUGAUGAGGCGGUUGCCCUCGGUACUGACCCGAAGAAAAUCUCCCGUGUUAAGCAAGAUAACUGUAAGAGAUAAUCGAAAGCGAUAGUAAUGUCAUAUUUUUUUUUGUCA